UAGCUAAAAUAUUACUAGAUUUCACUGAGUUCUUAGGUUAUGAAAGUGUUUAGAAAAAAACUUUGAAUCUCAAGGUAUGUGAAAGCCAAAUUAAGAAAAGAGUCUCUUUUUUAAAGAAUAUUUUCAUUAGAAUACUAAAAUGUCUGAUCAAUCAAAUGACGCAAAACCAAAAACCAUACCUCCAGUUAUAAAUUUUCUAAAUGCUGGAUUAGCUGGCAUGUGUGGAGUAUGUUGCGUUCAUCCAACCGAUGUUGUGAAAAAUAGAAUGCAAAUCAGCACACACAGAGUCACAAUUCGGCAAACAUUUCUUCAUAUUUUAAAAAACGAGAGGAUAAUUAAUUUUUAUGAUGGAUUGAGUGCUAGUCUUGUUAGACAGGCCACUUACACAACAACCAGAUUAGGCAUUUAUAAUCAGCUUCAAGAUAUUUGGAGAGAGAAGUAUACUAGCAAGCCCAGCUUUCUUGCUCUAUCUGGCAUGGCUGCUUUCGCUGGUGGUUCAGGAGCUUUUGUCGGGAAUCCAGCUGAUCUUGCACUAGUCAGAAUGUCCACUGAUGGUCGUCUACCUCCGGAUCAAAGAAGAAACUAUAAGAACGUUAUUGAUGCAUUUAUAAGAGUUUCUAAGGAAGAGGGAAUAACUAAUUUAUGGAGAGGAAGUGUCGCCACAAUAGGCAGAGCAGUUGUUGUCAAUAUUUCCCAAUUGGCAACUUAUAGCCAAACAAAAUACAUGCUUCAGUCAUCCUUUAACGUACCAGAAGGAGUUUUUUUGCAGUUUUACUCUGCAAUGGUAUCAGGAUUGAUCACUUCCAUCAAUUCAAUGCCAUUUGAUAUUGCAAAAACUAGUGACCUCGACACAACCUGCGACGUGGCGGAAGUGACGGAGGCUGUUAUGCAGCACUUUGGUGAGGUUGACGUUGGUCAUAUCAAGGUCAAUUUAACGAAGAGGGCCUUCAGGGGUAACCUGAAGGCCUAUAUUAAGUUAAGAGAGGAGUUGGCUGAACGACUCGCUCGUACAGGGCAUCUAAAAGUUGGUUGGAUGUCCUGUAGAGUGAGAAAGAAAACGGUGACUAUGCGCUGUUUCCGCUGCCAUGGAUUUGGUCACGUGGCGGCAAGGUGUGAGGGUCCUCACAGGACCAAAAUGUGUUGGACGUGUGGCUCAGAGGGACACAAGUCAGCGGAAUGCGUGAGCACUCCGCAGUGUUUCCUCUGUGCUGCACAUAGUGCGAAGCCCCGGACUGACCAUCGUCCGGGUACAAUGAGAUGUACGUCCUUCAGGGAGGCCACCCUAACACGGAAGCCUCCAGGAGGACGACAUUAA